AUGGGACCUCUGCAUGGAGCAGUCGUUACUCUCAAGGACCAAUUUAACAUCAAAGGCUAUGAUAGCACUCUAGGCUAUGUUGGGCGGUCCUUCAUUCCAGCUACCAAGGACGCCGUACUGGUCAAGAUGCUAAAGUCACUGGGAGCUAUCGUUCUCGCAAAGUCAAACUUGCCGCAAAGUAUCAUGUGGUGUGAGACGGAGAACCCUCUCUGGGGCUUAACCACCAAUCCCAUGAAUAAAAAUUACACGCCAGGUGGCUCUACAGGCGGAGAGGCUGUCCUGAUCUAUUGCGGCGCUUCUAUGCUUGGAUGGGGCACGGAUAUUGGUGGAAGUAUUCGUAUUCCAAGCCAUAUGAUGGGCAUCUAUGGAUUGAAGCCGAGUAGCUCAAGACUGCCUUACCAAGGCGUCCCUGUUUCCACAGAAGGGCAGGAGCAUGUCCCAUCUUCAGUUGGUCCGAUGGCACGAGACUUGGGUAUGAUCAAGCAUGCCAUGCACAGCCUCAUCGAGUCAAAACCGUGGGAGUAUGAUGCACGCUGUGCUUCACUUCCAUGGCGAGGCCAUCUAUACGAAGAAAUGCACAGCCGCCCGCUUACUAUCGGUGUUCUGAUGGACGACGGAGUUGUUCGUCCGCAUCCACCGAUAACUCGAGUCUUGCAAGAUGCAGUUGAAGCUUUGAGACUAGAGGGACAUGAGAUUGUGGAGUGGAACACUGAACUCCACGAGCAGUGUAUUAGAACUAUGGACAUGUUUUAUACUGCUGAUGGUGGUGAAGAUAUCCGCCAAGAUAUAUCAAGGGCUGGAGAACCGUUCAUCCCUCACGUCAAGCGGCUUGUCAAUAAAGGUGAAGCAAUUUCGGUGUACGAAUAUUGGAAGCUUAACAAGAAGAAGUGGGAUCUUCAGCAAGGAUAUCUGGAGAAGUGGAACUCGAUCCAGUCUGCCACUGGCAGAAAGGCUGACGUGAUUCUCAUGCCCGUCAUGCCGCACACCGCUGUCAGACACGGCGGAUGCGGUUGGGUUGGGUACACAAAGGUCUGGAAUGUUCUUGACUAUACCGCGAUGGUCAUCCCUGGCGGAACGAUACAAUCAGGGGAUGUCGACUUACCGUUCUCGUACCCUGCUAGAGGACCUGAGGAUGAAUGGAACCAAGGGCUCUGGAACAAGGAGAAAGACGAGAUGGCUGCGAUGAAUCUCCCAGUCGGACUGCAGAUAAUCGGACGGAAACUUGAAGAGGAGAAAGUGCUUGGGGCUGCGGAGGUAAUCGAUCGCGUUUUGAAAAAGCUACUACAGCCAUAA